GUUCGGCUUCACUUCACUUAAAAUGAAACUGAAAGUUUGUCAGAGUGACUGCCGAGCUGAAGUCGAGAUCAGUCUCUCUGUUUCUCUCUAAAGAAAGACUCGAGAGUACGUCAGAUCUUUUUCCGCAGCAUAGAAGUGUCUCUGACAAACACUGUGUGUAGAUAUGGCUGAAGCCAGUUGUCAACUGUCUGAAGAUCAGUUUCUGUGCUCCAUCUGUGUGGAUGUGUUCACUGAUCCUGUCACCACAUCAUGUGGACACAACUUCUGCAGAAACUGCAUCACUGAACACUGGAAUACUAAUGACCAGUACCUGUGUCCGAUGUGUAAAACGGUUUUCAACACAAAACCUGAGCUGCACAUCAACACUUUCAUCUCUGAGAUGGUUGCUCAGUUCAGACAGUCAGCUCAACAGAAAGCCAGCAGCAGCAGCUCAGAGCAACAAGUGUCCAAACCAGGAGAAGUUCCCUGUGACGUCUGCACUGGAACCAAACUGAAGGCCCUCAAGUCCUGUCUGGUGUGUCUGGUCUCCUACUGUGAGACUCACCUGGAGUCUCAUCUGACCAUGUCAGGCCUGAAAAGACAUCAGUUGAUCGACCCUGUGGAGAACCUGGAAGACAGGAUGUGUAUGAAGCACGAUAAACCUCUGGAGCUGUUCUGUAAGACCGACCAGACAUGUGUCUGCAUGCUCUGCACUGUUUUAGACCACAAGAUGCAUGAUGUUGUUCCUCUGAAAGAAGGAUAUGAAGAAAAGAAGGUAGAGCUGGGUAAGACAGAGGCUGAAAUUCAGCAGAUGAUCCAGAAGAGACGACUGAAGAUUCAGGAGAUCAAACACUCAGUCGACCUCAGUGAGGAAGAUGCAGACAGAGAGAUAGCAGAAGGUGUUCAGGUCUUCACUUCUCUGAUGGAGUCUGUUGAGAGAGGCCUGAAUGAGCUCAUCAACACAAUAAAGGAAAAGCAAAGAACACAGGAGAUAUGGGCCGAACAUUUAAUUCAAGAGCUGAAACAGGAAAUCUCUGACCUGACCAAGAGAAGCACUGAGGUGGAGCAGCUCUCACGCUCUGAAGACCACCUCCACCUUCUCCAAAGCUUCCAGUCCAUGAAAGCUGCUCCACCCACCAAGGACUGGACAGAGGUCAGCGUCCGUCCAUCAUCAUAUGAAGGGACUGUGGUGAGAGCUGUGGCUCAGCUGGAGGAGACACUCAGUAAAGAGAUGAAGAAGUUGGUUGAGUCUGAGCUGAAGAGGGUCCAGCAGUAUGCAGUGGAUGUGACUCUUGAUCGUGAUACAGCACAUCCUGAACUCAUCCUGUCUGAUGAUGGGAAACAAGUGUAUCAUGGUGAUGUAAAGAAGAAUCUCCCAGACAACCCAGAGAGAUUUUCUAACAGUCUUUGUGUCUUGGGAAAGCAGAGUUUCCCUUCAGGCAGAUUUUACUAUGAGCUUCAGGUAAAAGGAAAAACCGAAUGGGAUUUUGGAGUGGCCAGAGAGUUGAACAAUAGGAAGGGACUGAUCACACUGAGCCCUGAGGAUGGUUACUGGACUAUAUGGUUGAGGAAUGGAAAUGAAUACGAAGCUCUUGAUGAUUAUGUUGUCCGUCUCUCUCUGAAGUCUCCUCCUCAGAAGGUGGGGGUGUUUGUGGAUUAUGAGGAGGGUCUGGUCUCCUUUUAUGACGUAGAUGCUACAACUCUUAUCUACUCCUUUACUGGCUGCUCCUUCACUGAGAAACUCUUCCCAUACUUCAGUCCUGGUCUGAAUGAUGGUGGUAAAAACUCUGCACCUCUGAUCAUCACUCAUUUUUAAAUAAACCCUGACUUUAGUUUCUAAGACUUCACUUGGAUUUGAGCCUGACAAUGUUAAAGGAGCAACAUGUAAAAUAGUUACUGUAUUAAAUAGUCCUUUUCUGACACUAAUGCUAAAGUC